UCCGCCCGCCAGCACUUUUUCGCGGUAAAAUGAAAUACCAUUUUAUGUUGAUCAGAUUUCUUCCUUUUACUCGUAUGUAACAACGAAUAUUACCAGUAUCUAACUACUUAUAUCUGGUUAAAAGCCGCAGUUGGCGUUUGAAUAUUGCCUAGUUGAUGUAAAGCGAUCUCCGGUAUUGUUAUGAACGAACACCGAAGGUAACGUUAGUUCCUCUCCACCACGUCGGGCCGUCUAGGAUUAAACUACUUGAACAAUUAAGUUAAUAUACGCUAAGAAAUAAUGGAUUUGCCAACACCAGAAAACUUAAAGUUGGGGCUGGAAAUGUUCGGUAUAUCCUGGCAAGACGACUCCGUCCUCGAUAAGAUGGUUGAACAGUGUAUUUGUAGCAGAAACCAGCCAGAUGACUUGGUGAACGAGUGGGUGGUCUACAGUAAUUCAAAAGGUGUAAAACUAACCAUAGACGCGCUGGAUCAGUUUGAACAUGAGGUCUUAAACAGGAAAAGCAAGUCUAAACCAAGGUUCAAAAAAGAAGAAACUUAUAAGCGGACCAGAGACAUUCACGGACUACAGGAAUUAAUAAAAGCUGAAGAAGAGGAGGACAAUCUAUUGGACGCCUACUCCACCCCUUCUAAGGGUUCUCAGAAACGCGCGCUAACCACUCCAGAGCAUCCUCAGUCUAAGAGGAGUGCAGCUCUGCUGGCCAGCCCGGGCCUGUUGCUUUCUCCAGCCAGCUUUACUGCCAGUCAAACCCCGCCACAGAAGUACACCCAGCGAGGAGGGAAAGGCGAGGUGGUGGUCACGUUCGGGGCUGUGCAGGGCACCCGUUGGAUGGGCAGGAAGAAUCCAGGUGCAGGUGUGCAGCUGGAGCUUCUGGAGGGACCUGAAGACUCUUUGAAAUGCAGCUACAAGUUCAUGUUCCAGAGGCUGCGAGACGUUCGAAAUGUGUUGACAGACAAGAUUGAGGAGUUGGGAGAAAGCCUCAGGUUUCAUUUGAACCUUGAAGAGUUCUCACCUGUCUCUCUGCCUGCUCAGGACAAGAUAACGGUGUUGGGUCAGGUCUGCUGUGACAGUAACGGCAAACUGAAUGCACAGUCAGUUCUGUUGGAGGCAGGACCAGAACAGGGGGGUCAGCAAGUCCCUGUGGACUUGUCUGAGCUUAAAGAGUAUUCUCUCUUUCCUGGUCAGGUGGUGGUGAUGGAAGGGAUGAACGCUACUGGCAGAAAACUUGUGGCGUCCAAACUUUAUGAGGGAGUUCCUCUUCCGUUUUACACCUCAAAUGUGAAAAUGGAGACUGAUGACGAGCCGCUGAACGUACUCGUGGCCUGCGGGCCGUACACGCCCUCCGACAGCCUGACCUUUGAUCCUCUGCUGGAUCUCAUCAGUGUCAUUGUCAGGGAUCGUCCAGAUGUUUGCCUGCUGCUGGGCCCGUUUGUGGAUUCCAAGCAUGAACAAAUCGAGAAAGCUCAAGUGACUGAGACGUUCGAGGACAUUUUCUCCAGGUGUCUGGAAAGCAUUGUGGAUGGCACUAAAGGUGUUAGCUGCCACCUGGUGUUUGUGCCCUCUCAGAGAGACAUCCACCACCACUUCAUCUACCCACAACCGCCCUUCUCCCUGCCGAAAAUCAGCCCGGACCAAGCCCAGCGCGUCACUGUGGUCCCUGACCCAUGCACCUUGCUGAUCGACGGCGUGACCUUUGGUUUGACAUCCACUGACAUCCUGUUCCACAUGGGAGCAGAGGAGAUCAGUUGCGGCACCGUCUCGGACAGAUUCUCACGCAUUCUGAAGCACAUGCUGACCCAGAGAAGUUAUUACCCGCUGUACCCGCCUGCGGAGGAGGUGAACAUGGACUACGAGAAGUUCCAAAGCUUCGGUCAGAUGCCGCUCACCCCCGACCUUCUCAUUGUUCCAUCGGAGCUGCGCUACUUCAUAAAGGAUGUGGUCGGCUGCGUGUGUGUGAAUCCCGGCCGGCUGACCAAAGGCCAGGUGGGAGGGACGUACGGCCGGCUGCUGAUCCAGCGCAGCGCUGCGUCAGAGGACAAGAGAGUGAGCCCCUGUUUGGCUGCUCAGGUGGUGAAAAUCUAACCGGAAUAAAGACUCCUAUUGUCGCCUGAACCGAACUGAAUUAACCACCACCUGUUCUGUAAUCUCUAAUCGCAGUGAUAAAUGAUUUAUAUUAAAUAUAUGCACUGUACUGCCCAAAUAAUUUUACAUGUUUUAUUUUUAUACAACAAACGUGACGUGCAUUGUUGCUUGGUGGUUGUAGACGCAUCUGGUGGAUCGUUGCUCAGACACAGGAGAAAUGAUUAAUUGUCAUCCCUUUGUACAGUUUCUGGUCUUUAUAGUUUUUUGUUUUUGUUUGUUUGCUGCUCUGUCUUGGCUCUUUGUAGGUGAAUGAAGUUGCUGUUUUAUUACAGUCCAUAAAUAAAAUAAAUGGAGUGUGGUUAUUCUAGUUGGGUUUUUUUUCCAUUAUUAAUUAAUAGGAGCCAAAAUGAUGAAGUAAUACUGCAUUUAAGGGAACUGGGUGAGGAUUUUAUUCACAUUUAAUCAUAAAAGUCAUCAAUCUCGUCAGAGUCGCUUCGGUAAUCCUUCAGUCUGUCCUCCGUCACUUGAAAGAUAUCCAUAUUGUGACAAGUUGCUGGAAAAUAAUGUGUAUAAAUCAGAAUAAACAUCUAUAGAGAUCA